UGUCCCCGACAGGAGGGGGAAAAUGCUCAGUCUGCAAGGGGGGAGGUGGUGUCUGCAAGUAGGUCGCUACCAGACAUUAUUAAUCACAUCAGUAGCCAUUUUCAUCCUUAACAAAGGAUGACUUUGUCAUCAUAGAACCUACUGCCACGUGGUUUAUUCGUCUAAAUCAACUGAUACGCGGCUGGGGUUUCGGUAGAAAGUGUGUCUUCGACUGUCUGCAUGCGACUGCAGUGGGCGCACAACGCCUCCAUUUUGGAUUUUCCUUCCACCAUGGUCGGGGGGUGACAGUGCAUUCCAAUAUCCUCCGUUUGUCGUGUUGCCUUCUCUGCUAAAACAAGUUUAGCCUCCGCCAAGAAAAAGAACAGAAUGGCAGAGGAGGCUGGUGCCAUUGUUGUUCGUAAGGAUGUAAUGGACAGAUUCCACACAAUCAUGGCUGAAACAAAACUUGAAGCUAAUGAGCUGAUGGAGCACUUUUUUGGGCUUUAUCACUGCUGUGUUAAGCUGGUACAACCUUUUCAAAGAGACCAGGCAAAUUCCGGUCUUGGGCCAAACAACAUUAGCAUUAAAAAUGAGCUGCCUGACCCUCAGUGUUCAGAAGAACGAAUGCAGGGAGAUAAUGAGACAGAUGGAGAAAUAGCCUUCAUGGGCUGUAGUGUUGACCAGAACAAGCAGAGUAAACGUCCACGAGAUGGGGACGGCCCAUCGGGUUCUACCAGUACUGGUAGCAAUACUACAGGGAGCUUUUUAUCCUCUCUUACAUCCUUAACCAACCAAGGAACCAUGCCAGACCCAGUCUUGGCAUUCCAAUCACUACUGGCGCUGUACCGUCGAGAUGAUGUCACACCAAAUCGUCGUAAAAAUGCCCCCAAACGGAUCACCCAGACCAACUAUAAUCCUACUCCUUGUGAUACCAAGCCUGAGGAUGUUUUGAAGAAGGUUAUGUGUUCGCUGUGUCAAGCUACUUUUGACCGCUUCACUGACCUUUUGGCUCAUCACAAGAACACACACAAUUCUGACCUCUCACAUCCCUUGAGGUGCCGUGCAUGUGGUCGCACACAGACCUCAGAGGCGGGACUUGUCCAUCAUCAGAUUUAUGUGUGCAAGAUGGUGGAGAGACCAUUCACGUGUGAGGUGUGCACACUCAAGUUCCAGAGUGAAGAGAUGGUGUGGGUUCACAAGUGUAGUGGUGAUGCUCGGAAACGAUUCGCUUGUGAGUUCUGUGACCACUACAAGACAGAAUCAGCCUCUGAUCUGGAAAAACACAUGCGAAUCCAUACAGGAGACAAGUGUUUUAGGUGCGAGACAUGUGGAUUUCAGACAGCCUGGAAAAAGAAUCUGAAGGAACACAUGUUGAAGCAUUCUGGCCUGAAGCCGUACAUUUGUGACUAUUGUGGCUACAGUACAGCUGACAAGCACAACCUUCGUGCUCACCGUCUCAAACAUGGGAAAGAGGAAGGGUUCGACUGUUCUGUCUGUGGGCUUACUUUCAGCUGCUACAGGUCCCUCCGUCUGCACAAAGAUACGCACAACAACACAGAUAAACCCUUCAAAUGCUCAGUUUGUGACUACCGUGCCAAGUACAAGUCAGUGCUGCACCUCCAUGAAGUGCGUCACAACCACAUGAGAAAGUCUGCUUGUGAUGUCUGUGGUCAGUGUUUUGCAUAUCACAAGGAGAUGAUAGACCACCGCAACCAGGCCCAUCCUGAUGUCGAGGUUGGAGAGAAAUCUGCUGCAGGAAGUAACGCAGGGAAUUCAGGCAGUGCCAAUGGUUCUGUUGGUGGUAGUGGUAGUGGUGGGGGGAAUGCUGACAAGACUCUGACAACAUUGGCCGACAUUUCACAAAGCGGGCCAAAUGCAUCCUCGCAUCCCACUCAGACAGUAGCUGCAACUCAGACCAAUACGUUACCCAUGGGUGCAUCAACACCAAACCCUCAGCAGCAGCAACAACAGGUGUCACUUCAGCAGCCACAGCAACAGCAAGGCCCGCACCAUGGACAGGGUCCUGCUUCAACCCCACAGCUUCAAGAUGCUGGAAUGGUGCAUGCACAGCAGCAACAGGGGUGGAAGGGAACCUGCCUAACCAGAGUCGAUUCCCUCACUCAGACCUGUGGGGGCCAGGGUUUGGUGGUUCCCUCCUCGCUAGCAGGUUUUCAGGUGCAGCAAGCUCCAGGCGCCCAGAAUGUCACCAUGCAGUCAUUUGGAGCUGGGGUUUUGUCCCCAUGGGCGGGAGGAAUGGGUGCCAACAUGCAUGACUUUUUUGGGGCCCGCAUGGCACUUGGACAGAAUCCAAACGACUCCUUGCUCAGACAGACAGCAGCUCUGAGUCAGGCAGGAACGCAAACUCUUCCACACCCAUCGACCUUUGUUGCCUGUCCUCUCCCAGUGUUUCCUGGUCUGAGUGAGCAGUUACCAGGGGGAAGUAACCGCUAGUCAGACGAGGUGGGAAUAAAUAGCAGCCAGUUUCCUGCAGGUGUGUCCUUUUCCCAGGUAGAGAAGCCUAGACUGUGUGCAAGAUGUUCAUGCUUUUCCUUUCUUUUCCAAAUAAGCUAUAAACUGCAUUAGAAUAUUCAUGUUUGUUAUUAAAAGUGUAAAAUAAUGCUUUUAAAAUUUUUUAAGAGUUCAUUUGCAGGGAUUUUUUGAGGACCACAAGAUUGUGACUGGCAGCAUGAUUUCCAUGUUUGUGUGAAAGAUGCAUGACUUGCACUGAGGGAGGCAUUGGAUGUUAAGGCUGUGAAAUUUAGAUGCUGAUCAGAUCAUCAUAGUUAUUUGUGAGGAGCAAUUAUUUUGUCUGCUGUCUUCCAUAUUGCUUGACGGAACAGCGAUAAAUCUUGGAAUGUGUGAUUUAUUUUUAUUAGAGACAUUUUUGUCUUUAUUUUGCUGAUUUUUUUCACAUGCAUACAUUUCGGUUUAAGCUCAUUUUCAAACUGUAGAGCGUUUUUCUUCACAUUAUGGUUUGAAUAUUCAUCAGUUGCUAUAAUAUCAAAACUAUCAAGAGUUCAGAUAAAAGUGUGUUGGCAGUCCAUUUUAGCUAAAUAUUGCAACAUAAUGCUGAUCUUGGGAGUGAUAAUAAGCUACAUUAAAAUUACAGUCAUGCACAUCACCUUAACUUCAUAUUAGGACAUAUGUUUGAUCUGCUGUAAAGGCUCAGUUUAUCAAAACAAUAGAGAAUAUCUUAGUAGGAGUGAUGAGUGUCGAGCAAAUUUAUUGUUGCACCUGUAGCUUACACUUCUAGUGGUAAUAUCAUGCCAUUUGCUAGGAUAUGUGAAAAGAGUCAAGUUUACAUAAGAAAUCUGUUAUUUCCAGCAAAUCAAGAACAAUUGAGAUUACGAUUUGACAUACAAGCAACACAGAAGCCUAUUAUUAUGCAUGUGGUCAUUGAAUUGUUUAUUACUGAACUAGGCUUUACCUGAAUAAUUUAAGGAGAUGCCUGUGAUUAGGUUAGGUGCAGCAGUCUAGUAUUAAUACUCAAAACGAGAAAUGUGACAUUUUAGAUGAUGACUGAGCUGACAGUUUUCUGGGUUUUUUUUUUUUAACUGUUUUCUAGAUAACUUGCUCACGAACCUACACUGUAGCUUACUGGCCAUAGAGGCAGUGAAUGCAAGGACAUUGUGACUAGGGUAUGGCUUGUGGCAGAUAAGCUCAACCCUCUUUUUCCACUGCUUUUGCCUUCCUUGAUAAAACAGGUAUGUGUAGCUCUUUCUUCAGGACAGCAGCUGGGUGGUCAGGUGAUAUCUCCGGUCAGAAGCUGAUCCAUAGUCAGUUGCAUUAACUGCCAGGCAUUGAUGCCUCUUGUGUUUUUUUGUUUUGCAAUGAGCAACAUUGUAAGUGCCAGUAGUGACAUGAGUAAGCGGUGGUGACUGUAUUUAGGCAGCUGUAAAUUGUUUAGAGAAAAGUAUCGUAGUUGUGCAUCGUCAAGAUGGCAUAAAUGGGCAGGUGUAUCAAGAAAAUGAAGUAACGUGCAUGUAGUUCUCUUGCACACCUACUCAGGAGAACACUUAUCAGUUGUGGAAAUAAAUCAAGUGAGGCAUUCUUUAUUGCAGGUGAUAAUUCUGAGUAAUGGUCACUGGUGGUGCUUGAAUUGGGGCAGGUUCCCAAAUGUCUGUUAGGCUUUUGAUCAGAAGGAGGGAAAGGUUUGGAGAGUUUUGAACAAGAUACAAUCCUUGUUUAAAGAGAAGGGCUUGAGGGGGACCUAGGAGGUUCCAGCUUCUGCCAGACAAUUUUAGAUAGAAUGUUUGUGAAUCGAGAGUACUGGUUUUGUUUUCCCAUGGUUCCAUUCAGAUUUAAGCCCUAAGGCUGAUACUGGGUCCAAAGUGAAUGAGUCGUUCUAUGACAGCUGUAAAAUGAUGUCUGUCUGCUUUUGAGCAGCUUAUUCUUCUUGAUGCAUGCCAUGAUUCUAUUAUUCUUACCUACAGUUUUCUUUGAAGGCAACCCUUGCUUUAUUUUGUGUAAUAUGCGGUUACUUUGCGAGCUUUGCAAUUGUACUUUGAAAGUGGCAAUAGGCAUGGGAUGGAACAUGUACACUACGUUGUGCAAAAAAGACAUCCAUGAACUCUGUGAUGGGCAUAGCUUGUUAAAAGAUUCUGUUUCCUGAAAUCUGAGCUUAAAAUCCAGUUUUUUUGCAUAGAUACAUGUAUUUCGAGCUCUCUGAUUGACUAUGGCUUUGUCUCAAUAUAACGUAUGAUUGACUAUGGCUUUGUCACAAUAUAAGGUAUCCAUGAACUACAAUGCCAUCAUAUUUUUUACCUCAUUCUCUGCACAAUUCCACGAGUAAUAUUUCUUUCAUUAAUGACAUUACUCUUUUGACUUAGAUUUCUGUGUUCGAAAAUUUGUUAUUCAUGAACAAAAGAGGUUUUUCACUCAGAAUUUGGGAAUUAGUAUCUUGUAAUGAACUAUCAUUUAAAACAAACAUUUACACCUUCAUAAACUUUUCAUGCUUAGUAGGUGCAUCAACAGAGUAUUAAAACAUAAUAAUGUGCAUUCUUUUCCCUUUAUGAAUGUGUUUGGCAAAACUCUCAAGAAACGACUUUUAUCUGUAUAUAUAAAUUUUUAAAAGAUCUGUGCACAAGAAAUCAUUUUAUGGAAGAACCAUCUAUUUUUGGCAAAGUUCACUAUAUUUUAGUGAUGUCCCAGCUGCCUUCUUUGAUCUUUUGUUUCUGCUUACUCAAGAAAAGUGUUAUUUAAUGAAGAUGCAGCUAUACAUGAACUAACAUUAUGCUGAAGUAUGUAAGUGUGUAUGUUUAGGGAACUGUCAGAGAUUUUGGGAAAUUGCUGGAUGGCUAUUAGAAGGGUCAACUUGGGGAAGAGGAAACAAAAACGGAGGAAUUGAGAGCAGGAGAGAAAAGAAGCACUUUAUCACAUGGCUCAUAAUAUAUUGUAAUAAUAAGUAAGAAUCUUUGAAGAUGAAGGCAGCGAUGUUACUUUUGAGGGAGGGCAUCCUUAGGAUUUGCAAUAUUAGCCCUUUUAAUUUGUGUUUUGUGGAUGGUACAGUUGGGGUUCUUUUCUAUCUUUUUAAUGUUUUCUCUCCCAUCUGUUUUUCUUUAUUUCUGUCUUUGUUUUUUUAUUCUAUCCAUCAGUUAGUAUUAGAAAUGUUCUAUCAUUUGCCAUUGACUGACCAUAGCUUUUUUUUUUGCAAAGCACAUUUUGGAUUAUAACAUCUAACAGAACAGUGUCCAUGUCAAUAUUCUACAUAAAUGUUAUAUUUACAGCUAAGAAAUUUAAUAGGAACAAUUCAGACAAUCACAACAGUGCAUUUUAGUUUGCCAUCUGUUCUGUUUGCAGACAUAGCUGGAGUGGGUUUCAUUUCAGCCACAAUAGGCUUGGCUGUUCACACCAUGAUGGAAAUUGACCUUAUGUGAAUGGACCUUACCAACGCCCUUAUCUUAUAGAUCUCUUGUGAUGACAAAAGAGAUUCAGCAAGAUGUUCUUUGUCUUCCUUUUUUUUUUUUUAAAUAAAGACUUAGCACAUCUGGUUCUUAGCUUGUAAAUAUAUCUGCAUAGGCAGUGCUUUAAAAAGGAUUUCAUAAGCUGUCAAAACUUUUUAUGUAAUUUUUAUUGUGACCUUCACCUGUGUUAAGCACAUAAGCUGAAAAUAGCUAUGCACAAAUCUGUAGUCUGAACCUUGUUCAAGUUGUGGAUUUAUGUUUUUUACUAGUUGGGAUACCCAGUUUCAUGUGGGAUGAUUUCUGCCGCUAACUAUUCCAAGCUGUGAUGUUACAAUCAGCAUUUACUCUGUAGCGUCAUUUGAGUCCAAGCUUAUUCAUGUGCAGCAUCAGUGUAGAAAAAUAGCCAAACACUUCAUCUCUUGAUGUCCCUUCCAAAAAUUGGCUGCUCAUCUUUGGCAACAGGUGCACAACAUUUUGCAUGAAACCACCAGGCAGCUUGCUUUUUGCUCCCCCUCUGUCUCUCUGUGACUGUCAUUUACUAUCCUCCUUCUCUCUUUGCUUUCUGUCAUUGGUUUGGUUAUAAUAUUUAACAGUUUCUUCUGCUUAGCCUUAUUUCACCCGGAGUCAUUGGUAGCAUAUUUGAGAAAAUAGAUAUCAAAAAUAAACAUUCUGCAAGGUAACCAAUCAUAGUCAGCAACUGAACUAUAACUGAAAUGAAUAUUCCUGCCAGAUUAUGAAUUUGGUUUGACAAAUGGUGCCAUACUCAUAAACAUCACCGCACUGUUUUAUCUAUAAGAUUUUGUAACUUUAUUCUGACAUGCAAUACAUGACUUUCAUGACAAACAGAUAUCUCAGAAGGUGCAUGUGUUUUUCAAAGUGUCAUUUAAAAAAAGAAAUGGGACUUAAAUAAGACUGUUGUAAACUUCUAUUCAGGAUUCAGUAAUUUUGUCAUUUCACCCAUAGUGUAUAUUUCAGUCUCCUGUUCAUCAGAUAAAUAAUUUUGAUCCUUUAUUGCCAAAGCUACGAAAAGAUUGAUUUUUACAAGGAUACAUAGAAAACACAUUAGUCAUCAGUACACCUAAUUUCUUGUUAGUUUACUUUGCACCAGUUUUACAAAUGGAUUUAUUUAGGCUUUCCUUUCUUACAAGGAGUUUACUUUGUUUUGGUCACCUGCAUUGUUCAUUUAUCAGUCAUUUUCUUGACUGUUUGAUUGUCUGCUCAUUGUGUCUUUUAUUAAAAAUGGCCAGUAUUGUUUUUGUCAGGAGAACCUCAAAUCCUGAAUGAAUUAAUGGAUAAAAAAGAAGGAAGAACUGUCUGAUUUUCAUGUCACCAGCUCUAUGGUCAUGAACUGACAUGCAUGUUAAGGGCAGCAUAGAUCUUGAAUAACCAGCCAAACAUGUCUUCCCAAAUCCUUUAAUUAAAUGCUAUCAGUUCUUCAUUUUCUUGUCAUUUUUGCAGAAGACAUUUUUAGUGUUUAUGUAAAAGUAAAGAAGGUAGCAAAAUUAUCAGAGUUGGAAACAGAAAAAUUGAGAUGUUGAACUCAGAAGCUGCCGUAAAAGUUACUUCCUGUCAGGAUCAAAGCAGUUGUUGUAAAGGUUGAUUAUCUUCUUUGUUUACAAUUCCAUCAUACAAAAGAUUGUACAAUGUAUUUGUAGGCAGGAGAAAAGAAAGUAAUGCUUGGAGCAUUUUAGACAUCAGUGAUGAGAGUAAUGGAAGUCUUGACAACUUUAAUUUUCAUCCAUUCUCUUUAAGGAAUAUUUUUAACUAACAUUUUUUUGAACUCCCAUCUACUUGUUAUCUCACCAACCCCAACUUCUUUGCCGCACAUUGUGGCUGUACAGAUUUCCCCAAGUACUCCCACUCCUACCACCCUCCUGGCUAUGGAUCUUGUACCCUCACCUCUCACUUAAGAUUUGUGUUGGAUGAAUGGUGGUAAGAUAAUGAGCUGGGAAUGUACUCUUCUUGGUAGAAUUUUAUCUGAUCAUAUGCUUUUUGAGAUACUUUUGGAAAGAAAAGAUGUUUACAUUAUUUUGAGCAAUCCAAAUAUUGUUUAGGAAAUUGUGUAGAACUAAUUGACACAAAAUGUGUAAAAAUGAAUCAUACCUCCUGUUUUAGUGCUGUACACCAAACAGUGUACGUCUAAAUGAACAAAUAUGUGUCAGCUCAAAACAUACCUAUUGACAGUUCUUGGGAAUAGGGUCCAUUUUUGUAAGCCAUAUGCUGCUCUUAAAGAGAACUGGUGUAUUAUUGCUGAUCCCUUUUGCUGCACAGCCUGACUGAGGAACAUGAUUGUGUUCAUAAAUAAUAACUAAUAUUGUUGUGGAAUUUACAUUACUUAUAGAAAACUGCUAAACAAUAUUUCACAUUAUAGUUUUACCCCUGCAUCUUUAAAAAAUCUGCAGAAUGACUUUGCAUUUCUUUUUGUAAAUAAUUUAUGGUGUCUGUGUUUUUAUAAUAUGUAAUAUGAUACAUAAAACUGGUUUUUACAGAAAUAUUUUACUGAUGUUUAAUUAUUGCUGAGUUUCUUUUUAAAUGUCCUUUUUUUUAAAGGAAAACAAACUGAGGGGCCAGAUAUGUGCAGAACUCUAUUAAUUAAUUUACCACCCCGUCAAGUUAUAUUGUAAUACUGUUUAAUUCUACAGAGUCUAAGAGACUCAAGUUCUGAGAUGAUGUAGAGAUUUGUAAUUAUGUCUGUGUCAAACAGUCCUUGUGCAAGUACAAGAUGUCAAACAUUGAUGGAUCCUGUUAAUUUUUGUACGAUGCUGGGUUGUUUUUCUUAUCCAUACAAAUUAUAACAAAUAUUAAGAUACUUGUAUUUGAAUGAGCAUCCUACAUUAUGGUUGACUCUUGUAUACAUUGAUGUUAUUGCUGUUAUGGGUGAUUUUUUCCAGGUCUUCCUGACAUAAUGUGUUGUUCAUAUGCUUCAUUUCUCUGCAUAUGCAAACUCUUUCAUUUUUAGCUGUGCAUGAAUAUAUUUUAAGAUACUUGUGCUUGUGCAUGCAAAAUGAAAAUUCUGUGUGUGCUUGUGCAGGCAGUGCAGAGACUCAUGUCUACACAAUGAAUUAAUAAAAACACAUCUGCAUGCAUUUGUUCUUUACACAUUUGCACACAUACAAGUGCAUGUGUACACACAUAUCAACACUAGGAUGCGUGCAUGUUUGCACACACACACACUACCUUUUGCAUUCUAGAUUGGAUACAAAGAUGUGUAUGAUGAGAGAGAGAGGUUGUAGUUAAGAAUUAAUGUUUCUAUCAGCCAAUUUUUUAAUGCUUUUUUUUUCAUUCGCUUCAGCAUGCUUCCCUUUUGAGGAGGGCAACUGUUUUAUUGCUGAUCCUAAUGGUGUAAAUGGUUUUCUGCUUCCAUUACAAGGCAUGUGGUUUUAGGUUGCCAGUUUUUGCUUGGGCUGUAUUUUUUUUUGGCAGUUGCAGGCAGUCUGUGUAAGGCUUUUUUUUAAAAAGUUUGAUAAAAUUGUACAUGAAGCAGAUGUCCAGUGUCUCAAGGUGAUUAUGUCUGUGAAGACAGCUUCCAGUUCAUACAGUAUUGUUUGUGUUUUUAAUCAUUGUUCAUUGUGAUUGAUGCAUCCAAGCUCCAAUUUGUUAAAUUUAAUGUUUUUGUCUUGCAGACACCACAAAAGCAUAGUACAAAAAAAUUCAUGCAUGUGCACAUGGGCAUUGUAUGAAAAAUUUUGCAGGUGUGGAUGAAUGCAAGCACAUGUCUGCACAUCAGACAACUCCAGGAAAAAAGAAUGAAACAAAAUUGUGAAGAACAAAAAAAUGCCAUGAGCUGUAUUGAGUUGAAAAAAUAAAUGAAGACACUGCCAUAAAUUGUUUACACAUUGGAUUAGACCAUAGGAAUGCAGGCAAAGACUUUAAAAAAAUUCAUUGUUAUAAGGCUUCAGAAUCUGGGAAUUCCAACUGUUAGGAAAUCUAUACUCACCUGAUGGCUGUUGUCUAUAUUAAGCUUCAGCCACAUCCUUGCUAAACCCAUAUCUGACAGAUCACAGGGACAUAGUUAUUUACAGUGAUGCAAAUAACCAUGUGUAAGUUUAUGUGGGAUGGGUGGGGUGCAAACUGCACUUUAUUAAGGAUUUUGGAGACCCUGUAUGUUGUUUCAAAAUGUUGGAACAGGUUAGAGGAGGGCUUUGGUGGGGUAAUGAGACAGCAGUGUCAGCAGCUAAAACUGAAAGAUUGUUAUAUAUCAGCAACAGCCAACAGGGUACAGCUACUGCUGCUGUGGUGGUGGUGGUGGUGGUUUUGGUGAUGGGACCUACUGGAAUAAAGGGGGGAGUGGUUCAGCAUUUAGCCUGUUACAAAAGGGUACCCAAGUAAAUCACGUAUUUCAUGUCAUUUACAAUAUUUUUAGAUGCUGCCAACAUGAUAUACUUUUAUAUGCUGGUUCAGAUUUUAUGUUACACAUUUUUUCAUGAUUAGCUGUAUGAUAUCGAAAUUUCCCCUGAUCUGCAUAUUUUAUCAAUGUUGUGACAGUGAAGCCAUGUUUCUAUUUUUUACUUGUGUGGGAGAUGCAUAAAGCCCACUGUUUGCUAUAUUUCUCUAUUCGUAUCACAAUUUUCUGGUUUAUUUGUAUGUUACAACCUGUGACUUUUUUUUUGGUAUUUAGUAUUAAAUUUCAGUAUCAGUU